UCACUCCUACUCUGGCUUCCGGACGCCAAGACAGACCGCUGCCGCCGAAUUUAAAGAGACAGGCGAUAGUUAUUUAAAAUACGAUAAACGGCAACCAUUGUCCCUUAGCUGAAUUUUUUUUUAGCCUUGGCUUGUUUAACUCGAUGGUGAUGGUGAUGUUGACUCAAAGUCUGUCACCUCUUCCGUCAUUUCUCUUCUCCUCCGACUGUACAGUCCACAGCUCCAGCUAAAGGCAAAGGAAAGGGUUUACUGCUCCAGCUAAAGGCAAAGGGUUUACUGCUCCAGCUAAAGGCAAAGGAAAGGGUUUACUGCUCUUCGCUUUUUGGGCAGGCUGGCUUCCCGACCGAGAGGACGGUUUGUCGGCUAGCCAACAACCAGGAGGAGGGUUAAUAACACCGAAGGAAGAAAAAAAAAGCUCUCAAGUUGUGGCUCUCUCAAAAAAGCCUCCCUCCUGUCGCCGGGAUAAUGGCGAAGAUUCAGGCGCACAGCACCGCCAAGCAAAUAAACCAAAUCCAAGAGAAGCCUUACGUUAUCACACAAAAGCAAGUGCAGCAGCAGCAGCAGCAGCAGCACUUCCAGAAGCUGAAGGUUGAAGAUGCCUUGUCAUAUCUGGACCAAGUCAAGAUCCGCUUUGCAAAUGAUCCUGGCAUAUACAACAAGUUUCUCGACAUCAUGAAAGAGUUCAAGUCACAGAGCAUCGACACACCGGGGGUGAUAAACCGAGUGUCGCAGCUCUUCCACGGACACCCGGACCUCGUGCUGGGCUUCAACGCCUUCCUGCCCCCGGGGUAUCGGAUAGAAGUCCCCAAGAAUGGAGUGGCUUUCCUCCAGUCGCCCUUCUCUGCACAGGUGUCCCCCGGCCAUCAGGGGAAGAGCGCCCCCCUUUUUUCCGUGGCGGCCCCCUCAGGUAGUGCCUCUGCCGCCGGCGUUGAAUCUGGACCCGCUUUGACCUCUGAAAUCAAAGUGACUCCAUCAGAGUCCCAGUCCUCCUCCUCCAACACCACCACCACUACCACCGCCACCACCCCCACAGGACCCUCAGACCCCCCCAGCCGGCUCUCCCUCCCCCUCACCAGCAGAGAGAACCAGCCCACCACCUCCUCUCCCCCCGCCUCAGAGACCAGCCCCGUGGAGUUCGACAGUGCCAUCAGCUACGUAAACAAGAUUAAAAACCGCUUCCUGGAUCACCCUGAGAUCUACAGAGCCUUCCUGGAGAUCCUUCACACAUAUCAGCAUUUUUUUACCUGCACCACCCCCCAGAAGGAGCAGCUGGAGGUGAAGGAGAGCCGGGGCAGCCGGGGCAGCAGCGGCAUGACAGAAGAUGAAGUUUUUUCUAAAGUUGCCAGUCUUUUCAAAGGGCAAGAAGACCUGCUGGCUGAGUUUGGCCAAUUCUUACCUGACGCCAAAAGAUCAUUGUUCACAGGAAGCUCACUGACGGGAGGCAAAGAGCAGCUAAAAAGGCCGGAGGACGAUGAUUUGAUAUCCAAGCAGAAUAAAAAGAGACCCAGGCCGAUCCUUCUGCAGCACAUGUCCCCCCUGCUCAAGAAGAAAAUGAAGUAUUCCUGUACCAAAGAUCAGUCUUUCGCUUCUGUCGGCAAACAUGGCGUCUUAAGAGAAUUCUCCUUCUUUGAUAAGGUCCGCCGCCUGUUUAAAAGCCAGGAAGUCUAUGAGAACUUCCUGCGCUGCAUCGCCUUGUUCAACCAGGAAGUAGUUUCGGGAGCGGAGCUGCUGCAGCUGGUCACGCCUUUCCUGGGGAAGUUUCCCGAGCUGUACACACAGUUCAAGUCGUUUCUGGGGGACAAAGAGCUCUCUCAUGCGGUGUCCGGGCUGUCGGAUCGCUACAUGGAGGGGGGGGGGGGCCGCGAGGUGGAUUACGCCUCCUGUAAGCGCCUGGGCUCCAGCUACCGAGCGCUGCCCAAGACCUACCAGCAGCCCAAAUGCAGCGGACGCACCGCCCUCUGCAAGGAGGUGUUGAACGACACCUGGGUGUCAUUCCCCUCUUGGUCGGAGGACUCCACCUUCGUCAGCUCGAAGAAGACUCCCUACGAGGAGCAGCUGCACCGCUGCGAGGACGAGAGAUUCGAGCUGGACGUAGUUCUGGAGACGAACCUGGCCACCAUCAGGGUUCUGGAGAGCGUGCAGAAGAAGCUGACCCGCCUCUCCCCGGAGGAUCAGGACCGCUUCCGGUUAGACGACUGCCUGGGUGGCACCUCGGAGGUCAUCCAGCGCCGCGCCGUGUACCGGAUCUACGGAGACAAAGCGCCCGAGAUCAUCGAGGGUCUGAAGAGGAAUCCUGCCACCGCCGUGCCUGUGGUGCUCAAGAGGUUGAAAGCAAAGGAGGAGGAGUGGCGGGAGGCUCAGCAGGGCUUCAAUAAGAUCUGGAGGGAGCAGUACGAGAAGGCGUACCUGAAGUCUCUGGACCACCAGGGGGUGAACUUCAAGCAGAACGACAUGAAGGCUCUGCGCUCCAAGAGCCUGCUCAACGAGAUCGAGAGCGUCUACGAUGAGCGUCAGGAGCAGAGCACAGAGGAGGGUGGAGUCGGCCUGCAGAACCGAAACGGCUCCGGCACCUCCGUCACCAGCGAGCCCCACAUGGUGUUCACCUACAACGACAAACAGAUCCUAGAAGAUGCCGCGGCGCUCAUCAUCUACCACGUGAAACGCCAGCCCACCAUCCACAAAGACGACAAGGACCACAUCAAGCGCAUCAUCCAGCACUUUGUCCCCGAUCUGUUCUUCUCCCGCCGGGGCGAACUCAGCGACACCGAGGACUGGACGGACGACGAAGUGGAGCCAGAAGAGGGUGGAGAACGAGUAGAGAGAGGAGGAGAAAGAGGAGGAGAAAGAGCACCAGAAAGAGCACCAGAAAGAGCACCAGAAAGAGCACCAGGAGGAGAUGGAAAUAAUAAUAAUAAUGCAUCCUCAGCAACAGGAAAUCAGCCUCAACCCCAACAACCACAGCAUCUGAAUGGAGAAUCCAGGCGGAGGCGAUGCAGCCCUUCUCAACUCGCAGAAACUGAAGCCUCCACCACCUCCAUCACUUCCUCUACCAUCACCUCCACCAUGACCUCUAGCCAGCCUUUAGGCCCCGCCUCCUCCUCCACCCCGGGGUCAACACCCAUGGGUGGAGUUGGAGGUGGAGGAGUGCCGGGAGAGAAGGUGGACCUGCGGGACCCCGAGGCGGAGCACCAGAAGGAGAUGGACGGCGUCUACAACCUCUACUUCGUCAACAACAACUGGUACUUCUUCCUGCGGCUGCACCAGACGCUGUGCUCGCGGCUGCUGAAGGUCUAUAGGCAGGCGGAGCGGCAGCUGCUGGAGCAUCGGGCGGAGCAGAGCCGCGAGAGGCUGCUAUUGGCCGAGGGGAGGCGGGAGAAAGCAUGUGACCUCGCCAUGGAGCUGCGCCUCAAACAGCCCAGUGAGGUGGAGCUGGAGGAAUAUUACCCCGCCUUCCUGGACAUGGUGCGCAGCCUGCUGGAUGGAAACCUGGACUCCACUCAGUAUGAGGACACGCUGAGGGAGAUGUUCACCAUCCACGCCUACAUCGGAUUCACCAUCGACAAGGUCAUCCACAACAUCAUCCGCCAGCUGCAGCACCUGGUGAGCGACGAGGUGUGUCUACAGGUGGUGGAUGUUUACCUGGCGGAGAGGAAAAGGGGGGCAGCGGGGGGGAACCUGUCCUCGCAGUGGCGUUCGCUCAGCCUGGAGACCAGCUACCAGUGGAAGGCUGAGAGAGUCAUGGCGGAGGAGAACUGCUUCAAGGUGAUGUUUCUCCAGAACACGGGUCAGGUGACGAUGACGGUCGAGCUGCUGGACACCGAGGAGGCUCAGGCCGACGACCCGUUAGACGUACAGUGCCUGUCGAGCUACAUGGAGCAGUUUGUAGGAACGGAGUCCAGUCUGUGCUCUCAUGAGGGAUACUUCUUCAAACCUGUGUUCCUGCCCAGGAAUCUGCGGCGUUUCCGGCGCUGGCAGGUGCGUCAGGUGGAGGCGAUGCGCUGCCGGAGGGAAUGGCACCGGCAGCUCGGAGUGGAGAACGCCGGCAGCCUGGACUGCCGCUUCAAACUCAACACUCAC